AUGGAUGUAGAAAAGAUCCAAAUUCAAGAACAAACCAUAUUCAAUAAUGAACAAAACAAUCAAUAUCAAGAUAUGGACAUCUUGAAUUCUCAAAUGGAACUGAAUUCUAGAAUGAUUUUAUCAACAAAUACAGAUGAAAAGAUCCAAGGAUAUAGUUUCUUUAAUUCAUCAAAAUUAGAUCCAAUAUUUGAUAUCCAGCAAGUUGUAGACGAUGAUCAAUCACAUCCAAAUUUAAUAAUAGCAACAAAUGCAUAUAUAUACAACUUAAACCACAAAAGAAAUGCAUCAAAUGAGACAUUUUCACGAAUAUUACAUGAAGAAACAGAAAAUGAAAUAACAAUUUCUUUGAAAAUCAAUGCACUUUAUGCAAAAUCGAUAUUAAUCAAAGAAACAAAUGAUUAUAUCCAAGGUGAACUCAUUUUAAUCGUUUCUCGCGCAGCAAAAUUAUUAUCUUUAUUUCUUGAAAUUGAAACAGAACUAGAAAAUGCUACAGAUGUUAUUGAAAUGGCGUCAAAUAUAGAAAUGAUUUGCCUACAUCUCAUGGAGACUCCCAAAAAAUUUCUUGAAUAUGGAUUUCUUCAAAUUUUUCUCUUGUCAUUCGAUAAAUUUAGAGUCAACGCAAAUGUGAAAUUAAUAGAAUACUUGUGUCUCUCACAACCUCACUAUAUUUAUGAAAAUAAUCCUACAAUUAUUGAUUGGCUACUUCAAUAUGUUUUUGAUGAUAGCUUUAAAGAUAAAAUACUUAUCUCACUUGCAUCAUUUGCAAAUUUAUCUCGAGAUGUUGUUUUGAUGCUACUUUCGAAGAAUGAUUUUGUAGAUUUUAUUGAUUCGCAAUUAGAAAGCUCACAAACCAAGACACGGAAGAGAAUUGCGAUUCUUCUAUCCAGUUUUGCAAGAUAUGCAGAAUUUGAUGAAAUAUUUCAGUAUUUAGAGUCAAGAAAUUUCGGAAAUCUUGUUUUAGACUUUUUAGAUACCCCGAACUUGUAUUUUCUAAGGAUUCUUAUUGAGGGAGUCCUGGAAAUUCUUCUGAAAGGAAGAAUGAUCAUAUUUGAUCAAGAAAUUGAUCUAAUUGAAGAAUUAAAUGAAUUGUAUGAGGUAAAUUUAGAAGAGAAUUCGAACGAACGAUCUAAAUUGAUAUUUCUAUCACGUUAUAAAGAUGUUCCAUUAUCUGAUCUCAUUCUUGAUGUUAUUACGUACUAUGACAGAGAGGAUGAAUAA